CCUGUCAGUCAGUCUAACUGCCCCCCUUCUUCUCAGCUUACCCAGGAGGUCGGUCUCACUCUUUUUCUGUCGCUCACAUUAGUCCUGUAUGUGUCUUCAGCGUUGACUCUCAGCUUCUUACUGCACUUUUACCUGAUCACACUCGUGCUGCUCUGGACUUAGGACACCUGUCGUAUUGUGGCCCCGGUUCAACGGUAGGACACCUGCUCUUCUGAGGAUCGUUAUAGCCAGGACUUGGCAACAGGUAUCUGGAUCUCAGGUGGGAAUAUUUUCUGUGCACUGGACCUUGUCCAUUGGAUGCUAUUAGAGCUGGUGUCCAUUGCAUCCUGCAGCAGCCUGUCUGAGUGUGUCUGAAUAUCUGCGGUUGUGUGCGGGGGACAAACAGUGAAAGGCUGCAGUGCUGGACUCCUGCAGUGAUUCCAGGUAGAUUCCUCGUUAGAAGGCCCAGUCUGUCAACAUGGCAUCGUUGAGAAGUUUGAUUCUGGCUCUGCUGCUGACGCUGCUCUGCUCCUUCCACACCCCAAUGGCUCCCACCGCCAAGGCCCAGGACGUGCCGCUGCGCUCCGAGCAGGGCCUGGUGGCUGACGACGACGACGACGAUGACGAUGAUGAUGAUGAUGAUGAUGAUGAUGAUGAUGACGAUGACGAUGACGAUGACGAUGACGAUGACGAUGACGAUGACGAUAAUGAUGAUGACGACGACGAUGAUGACGACGAUGAUGACGAUGACGACGAUGACGACGAUGAUGACGAUGAUGACGACGACGAUGACGAUGAUGAUGACGACGACGAUGACGAUGAUGAUGAUGACGACGACGAUGAUGAUGACGACGACGAUGAUGAUGACGAUGACGACGACGAUGAUGAUGACGAUGAUGACGACGACGAUGACGAAGACGAUGACGAUGACGACGACGAUGACGAUGACGACGAUGAUGAUGACGACGACGAUGAUGACGAUGACGACGACGAUGAUCAUGAAGAUGACAACGAUGAUGAUGACGAUGAAGGUGCUUAUCACAAAGGCUCUCUGUGCUCAUACUGUGAAUUCUGUGAGCACUGUGACAGCUGUGAUAAAUGUCCUUGUAAGGAAGGAGACAAGUCCGACCACUGUGAGGACUGCAAGAUGUGCAGUUUCUGUCAUGUGUGUCCUGUUUGCCAAACAGUCUGUAAGCCAGGAGGAUUUCUUGACGAAGUGACCGGAUCCAUCUAUAAGACUGUCGCUGAUGUCUUCAAUGAUGAUGAUGACAACUGAACCCAAACAUUUGUUGCCACCAUGUGGCCAGAAUAAUAUAUUUAACCUUCACUUCUGAUUUUAAUUGUUAUUUUUGUCUUUUUCCUUGAGAACAUGACACAUUUGUUCAACAAUGACUUAAUAGAAAAUGUUAAGAGUGUACUGUUGUUACCGGACAAAUCUGAGUCGUACUUUUAGGGAAAAUAUAAUUGAAGUCAUGCUGGAUUGUGUUAAAUAAAAAAGGAGACAUUUUCAUGAACUGA